GGCUGAGGAGGACGGAGGAGGAGGUGGAGGUGGAGGAGGAGGAGGAGUAUCUGUGGGCCUGCGUCGAGUCCCGCAUAGCCUAAUAAUCUGUGUGUGUGUGUGUGUGUGUGUGUGUGUGUGUGUGUGAGAGAGAGAGAGAGAGAGGACUUCACCUUUCCCUACGCCGUGCGAAAGACGCAACCACUAACUGGUUCAGCCGUUCCUUCCCGACUUUUUCCCAACUCUCUCGUCUGCUGCGCCUCCACCGGCCUUUCUCCCUUUUCCCCCUUUCUGCCCGUUGGCAGACUCCCUUAAUAGUAGCCUACCAUCCCGCGCGGUGUGGUCCAGUCUGGUCUCCUCUCGACGAACUCCUCUUCUGUCUCCUUGAAUCGAAUUGUCGGCGCUUGUCUUCUCUUCCCUCUCUACUAUUUAACCUUUGACUACGAGUGUCCCGAUCCAGAAUGACGUGGGCAAUGCGUUAGGCCUUGAGAGCGAGAGGCGGCACGACCACCUGCAAAACUGUCGCCGCCCUGCGCAACCGUCCCGGCGAGGCUUUAGUUCCUCCGGUCAUCUUUCUAGAUUCACGUCUUUCAUUCUGGCUACUCCCUCCCUCUUCCUCUCGAGCAGGUGUCACUCCCUUGUCACGCUUUUUUCUCCAUCUCCGUUCUCCUCUUCCUGUCUCCGCUCUCCCAUUCUUCCUCUACUUGUACAUUUCUUAGUAGCCUUCGUGUCUACUUGUAAAGCUGUGUGCUUUCGUUGCUCCGCUACGGUCGAUGAAAUUCACACCCGGAAAUUAACUAAGUUCCACUCUCCCGCGGUCAAUCUGCCUCUCGAUAUCCUCCGACGGCGACGCAGCAGUGAGGGUCCAACAAGAAGAAUGGUGAAUAGUGAUAAACAGAGGCCAUAGAAGAAGCAGAGGAAGGAGAAGAAGGAGAAGAAGGAGAAGAAGAAGGAGAAGAAGAAGAAGGAGAAGAAGAAGGAGAAGAAGAAGAAGAAGAAGAAGAAGUGAACUCCGUGUUUGCUGUAUACGUAGACGGAUCCGUAGUCUCUCGUACGCAUAGAGGGUGUUGUCCAGCAAUCCACGGAGUUUCUCGGUGAAUUUGGGAGUUGGGGGACAUCAUCCUGAAGACAGGCGGAACAAACGUUCAUCUGCUGGAAUCGUCUUCUUACCUCAGCCAGCUGCCAGCUUCUGGCGAGCAGAACAGAAGACUGUGGUUCUCAGGAGGAGAUCUCGGUUUGGAGGCAGGCCGGAGGGGCAAGGAACGAAGUGGGCGGCGCCCGAUUUGGUGCGCAUUCGGCGGUCGCUCGCUCGCUAAUCCCGGUCUCUCUCUCUCUCUCUCUCUCUCUCUCUCUCUCCCUUACCCGUUCGGUUGUUUGCAGGCUUUUUUGAGUUCUGUGUGUGGCCCAGCGUGAAUGCCAGAAGAUAUGGAUGAGUUCGAUGGUCGAAGUCAUUACUACUUAACGGGACCGUUGUCAGACGGAGAAGCCGAAGCGUCAUCUCCGGAGAUGGAUUUCACGGAGGAGCAGAUCUGGGAGGCAAUGGAUGGCAGCGGCGGGGGAGGAGGGGGGAGCGGGGGAGGAGUUGAUGAGGGGCAGCGCGGGUACCUGAUGAGUCGAUCGCCGUCGCUUUCGAGAAUGGGUUCAAACAACGGUAGACGGCCGUGGGCGUCGUCGUCGAAUAGGAGCGGGGCGGGGGGGGGGGGGGAUGGGCUGAACGACUACAGCAGAGGGGGGCUGCGGAGCUUGAUAAGACCAAGCGCAAGGGGGUCCGGGGGGAAUGUGGGGAACGAGUCGGAAAGCGAAGAUGAGGAGGGGGGGGAGUAUUUCGCGAACAGCGGGAGUAGUGGUGGCGCCGGCGGAGGAAUGGCGGGGGCAAUGAGGCAGCAAGGUCUUUUCUCGGGGGCGGAAAGUGGUGCGGGGGCGGGGGGCCAGGGGGUGCCCAUAAUGAGGACUGGCCAGCAGAGAUCAGCGCUGAUCGGCGGAGCACACAGAGAGCAGAUGCCGCGAUUCCGCCAGUCUGCGCCCAUGGCGGUUCCGCAAUGGUCGCACAGCACCUCGGGGUGCAACCUGUACCCGGAGAAUGAUGUAGAGGAGUGGGAGAGGGACGUCCCUGCACAGGAGUACUUCGAUCUGAUCCAAGCACCCGAUAGGAAACAACUGGCUUUCUCUAAUCUAGAGGGGAGAGGGAGGACGCUCAGAGGUAGAGACGCUCUGUCACUCAGGGACUCGGUCUGGAGGAAAAUCGGCUUGGACGGUUGAUCUUCUCCUCAUUGCUAUUGGUAUAGCUGAGAUGAUUGUGUGCGCGCAAGGGGGAGAGAGAGAGAGAGAGAGAGAGAGAGAGAGAGAGAAGUUUUGAUGAUCGUUGUGUGUAUCCUUUUGCCGAAAGCUGUUGUUGAAAUCUGAUUUGAGUGAUUGAUUGAUUGAUUUUGGUGGUGAAUGAUUGAUCGGUUGAUGAAACAAUUUGCAAGAGGAGGGGUGAAGAUAGGCGAAGAGCUGCUUGCGAUAGAGAUGGGCUUUUGGCCCGAUGCGUGCGCCGUUGCUUACCGUUGGAUUCCAUCGUGGGAGAGGAGGACCCGGAGGCAUGAGGUCUUCUCUUCUUCCUCUUCAGCAAGAAAGCAACCUUCGUGGCAGUGUCAAGAUGGGUGGAGCUUGGCGAUGGCCAGGAUGGGAUGAAGAGGAAGGGGAUGGGGAUCUCGUGCUUGGCGAGAGAGACUUCUAUCUAUCUAUUAUCUAUUCACACAGAUGAAGAGGAAAGGGGUGAGAUCCCGCUCUCCACGAUGCGCGCGAUUCAGACCGCGGUUCCGAGCUGUGGUGGUGUUGCGUCAUCUCCUCUACUCCUCGGUAUUUGUAAUCUAUAUGAGUGGCAGCACAGUGCAGCAGAAGGGAGUGGAUUGGCAUUGGAAGAGGAAGGGAGAGAGGAGGAGGUUGGGUGCAGGUUUUUUUUUACGAUGGGAAAUCGUUUGAGUGCAACGGAGGGAUUGUAGUCAAUCCAUCUGUGUAUUCAUUCGUCGUACUGUGUGUGGGAUAUGGAUGAACAAAUGCUGCAUUGUGGGUUAUGUGCGUCCGAUAGACCGGUGAAUAGCUCUCCUUAUACUCUCUCUCUCUCUUCCCUAAUUGCCUAUCAGCCAACGACAGGCAAGAGUCGCAGGAGUUGGCAGUAGCUACGUGUCUCUUCCAUUUGUUGUCCCUAUAGCUUGUCCCGCUCUCUUCGUCCCCCCUCCUAAUUUGCGCGCGUGCCCAUGCUCUCUUCAACCUGAUGAUGGCACAGUGCGUGUGUAUAUUCGUUGUUGCGGUUCUCCGUCUGUCUGUGGAAUCUUUUGUCUGGAAUUAUAGACAUCCGCUUUAUUUGUGUCCCUUUCUGUUCUGUGACGGUUCAUGACAGCAGCAGCAGGAGGAGGAGGAGGAGGAGGGGGAAAUCUGUGACCAGGGGGCGGGGGGGGGGGGGAGGAAGGGACGCGAAGCGUUUUUUACAUGAGGGCGCAGAGGCUGAACGUCAGCCCAGCGUCGACGGUGAAGAAAAUCCUAUUUUCUGAGUACUGACAUGGAGGGGGGCCCUGUUUUACUGUCCAUGGCUCUGCCUUUUCUUUUAAUCUGGUCCUGUACAUUUUAUCUCUCUAUUUUGAGUCGCCGCGUUCCAGGUAUAAAGCUCACGCACACACUCACGGAUGCAAAUACACAAAGAAGAGAGAGAGAGAGAGAGAGAGAGAGAGAGAGAGAGAGAGAGAGAGAGAGAGAGAGAGAGAGAGGGGGGGGGGGGGGGCAGAAGGAAUCCGUUUAAUCGUUUGCUUCCGUGGGAGAUGGCGGUGGGUUCGGUUCCCACCAGCUGUUUUUUUUUUUUUGGGUCAUUUUGGCCGUCAGUGAACUUGAUUUCUUCAUGAGGGGGGGGGACGGAGUUGGACAGGCGAGGCGGGGGGCGAAAAGAGAGCAUGACGGUGGUUUAUGGGAGGGGUGCGGGUUGAUAAUUCGUGUGUGUGUCACACAGAGAGAGAGAGAGAGAGAGAGAGAGAGAGAGAGAGAGAGAGAGAGAGGAGGAGGAGGAGGAUAUAGGUGGAGAAGAGGGGAGAGGGAGGGUUUGAAUUCUCGGAAAAAGAGCGCUUACAGGAAAAGCUUGGGCCGAGUAUCGAUCGUGUUUGUGGAGUGUGCGAACGCUGUGGAAUUUAGGAUAGAGAUGCUGGAACGUUCUGUUCCAGCAAGCAAGUCUAUUUUUCUCCGCUUCUUGGACUUCGAAGUCAUUGGGAUUUCCUCAUCUUCGGACGUUUGUUAUCUUUUUAAUUAGUGCUAGACUCUGUUUAAUUAGUGCUAGACCGGCUGCCGAGUCUUCCUCUGCUACGCUUCAGCAUCAUGCUAUUCAUUGUCGUCGGGUGCUGCCAUGUCUCUGCACUCACAUUAUUUGCAUUAUUAUGUGCAACGCUCCUUUUUCUGUUAGGUAGAUGCGGUGCCUCUCAUCGCUCUUUUUCGGUCUGUGUGUGUGUGUGUGUGUGCGUGUGUGUGUGUGUGUGUGUGUGUGUGUGUGCUUGAAAGAGAGAAAAAGAGAGACAGAGAGAGAAAGAGAGACACAGAGAAAGAGAGACACAGAGAAAGAGAGAGAGAGAGAGAGAGAGAGAGAGAGAGAGAGAGAGAGAGAGAGAGAGGGAGGAAACUUGAUUUGAUGGGCCUUGAGCACUUGCGAAAGAUUCGUAUAAUCGUAUUUACUGGUUAGCUCUUUGCACGCGAUGAUGAUGAUGAUGAUGAUGAUGAUGAUGAGUUGACGAAGCUGCUGUCUGUGUUCUGGAACGUUCUUGCUGCUGCCGCUUCCCUUGGAGUAACGAGUGUGUACCUUAAUUUUUAUUUAUUUUUUUAUAUUUUUUUCUGGUCUGUAGCAUUUCUGCUCUGUCUCUGUCGUCCUUUUUUCCUCCUUUUCUGUAUUUUCUGUGGCUGGCGGAGUCGGCUGGGUGUUUGCCGCUUUUAUUCAAGCUCCAAUAUUUUUAAGCACUUUUUUUUUCCCUUUUUUUUUUUUCUUUUUUUUUCCCUAGUGGAAGCCGGUAUAUAGCAAGUAACAACAGUUCCGUAGUGCUUGUUGUUCCAUUAUGUUCGACCUCAUCUUCAGGUACCCCAGAGAAUCUUAGGCCCCCUCUGACGAAAAUGCAUAUGGACCCGCGUGGCGCACUGAUUCCGCCUCCGAAUUAACGCCUAAAAACGCGGAAGGUUCUGGUUGUUUAAGAUCUAUAAGGUAGUGUACCGGUGGUGCUUUGCGCGGGAAAAAUCGGCAUUUUCUCAUUCUGGCGGUGUAUCCAGUCCCGCCGUUUCUCUCUAAAAUAAAUGCUGAAGAGAGAAUUGUAAUGAGAGGGAGGCGGGAGGGAAGGCAUAAACAUGAAGCAAGAUUUGUCAAUAAAACGUUUUACCUCUA